GGUUGGGCUUUAUCUCUCUAUUUUAGUUUUAUUUAUUUUUAAAUCACUAAAUUUUACCAAUCAUUUGUUUUUUUUUUUUUUGGUUUAAAUGUUAAGAUUUAUACCAAGAUUUUCAGUUUUUUAGAAUUGUGGCAAGCCACUUAUUACAAGAAAAUAAGAGAGAGCAAAGACAACAGAGCAAGAAUUACAGGCCCGCGGGCAACAAAGAGAGAUAGAGCAGGAGCAGCGAAGGCGAUGGCGGAGGUUGGGCGUGACGACUGAUGGCAAGCAGGCGAUCCUUGAUGAGACGAUCCACCCGAGGGAAGACUUCAGCAACUGAUGUAGAGACUUGCUGGAAGAUGCGCACGUUACGCUCCCGCCAGAUGCAAUACACAAUUACCUGCAAUAUAAGCUUCAGCACAGCAUCCAUACCAGCGACUCCAGCGAGGUGGGGAUGAGCAAUAACACCAGCAAGCGCUUGGAUAGAGACUGGAGCAAGCAGAACUGGACUGGCAGAGAACUUAGCCCAAAUUGCUGCAACAAAAGGGCAUUGAAAGAAAAGAUGAGAAUGAGACUCUGUUCCGGAGAGACAAAGAACACACUGCGUUGGAACGUUCAUGCCCCACGAAGCAAGCCGAUCCCUGGUGGGAAGCCUAGCGAGAGCCACCAUCCAAGUAACAAAAGAACAUCUCGAUAUUUCUUCCUUGAACCAAACUAGUCUGCUCCAUGGUACCAGAGGUGAGGGUUCUCUUAGCCUAAUCCAAGUAGCUUUGGUCGAGAACUUCUGGACAUAAUGGUUCUCUUAGCCUAAUCCAAGUAGGCUUGGUCGAGAAUUUUACCAAUCAUGCUUUAGCUUUACAUCGAAAAAUUAAAGUCUACAUCAAAUUUUUAUUUAAUUUUACCAAUCAUGCUUUAGCUUUAUUUUUAAAGCUACAGCAAAAAAAAUAAAGCAAAACUUUUUAUCAUGUAUUUUAGGCAAAAAUGCUACAUCAUAUUUUUAUAGGCUGUAGAAUAUGUAAAAUGUAAACAAAAAUAUCUAUAAUAUCAAAUAAACUAUAUAAUCAUAAUAAAAACUUUUAUAAAUAUUUUAAUUUUGAAUUUGAGUGUUUUUUAAUUAUUAAGAUAUUUAAAUAAUAUAGAUAUUAUUUACAUAUUACUUUUAAAUUACAAUAAAUUUUGAUAAUUUAUAAAAAAAAAUAUUAAUAUAAAUUAUUUUAAUUCAUAUAAAAUAAUAAUUUUAUUUAUACAACACAUAUUUCAUAUAUUUUAUUUUAAAAUAUCUACAGCCUAUAACUUACAGCUACAACAAAUUUAACUACAGCAAAAAGCUCUGCAGAAAAAGUCUACAGUAACAAUUUUACAGCUACAACCAAUUUAUCUACAGCUAAACAGUUACAACUAAAUUUUUUAAGCCAUAGUCGAACCAAUCAUCACCAUUGUUUUGUUCUAGCAAGCUUAACAAUUUAGAUGAUGCACAACGAGUAGAUCUUAAGUUUCCUACGUAACAGUCUUAUUAAAAAAAAACUUUUCCCCUGCAUUUUUAAUUUUACACGAUUUAUACUUAGUACCUAUUUGUAUAUAGCAUGUUAAGCGUUCACAUGUUACAUGUAUAUAGUUUUUUUCUUAAAACAUUGACCAUAUCUUCAUAUGCUGCAAAACUGCGUUCAUAAGAUAAAAUAAUUAUAAGUUAAGAGAUAGUGAUAUGUGUGUUGAGUUUGAUCCACCGAACACACACGCACCUCACCUCCCACUAGAAGCCAAUUAACCAAAAGUUGAGAAAAUAAGACUUAAGUGGAAACAUUGAAAAAAAACAAAAGGCAGAUUAUAUAUAAAAGUGGAUGCAACACGCUAUGUUUGUACAAUACCCAUUUCUUUGAUUCUCACAUAUGUUUUUUUUUUUGACAAACUCUCACAUAUGUUUUGCUUCAAAGCUUUGCCCACUUUCUUCUUACUCAAUGAUUCUUUAGGAGGAGAGGUAACAUUGCUUAUGCUUUAAAGUUGGUGAGACAUACUACGGAAGAGGAGCAAUCAUCCAGAAGGUAUUGUAUUGAUUAGGAAUCCCUCUCGUGUGAAUAUCGAAGUUGCUCCGGUUCUACAACGAGCAAAGCAAGGUGAACGAUGGAGGGUGAUACUCCUGGCGAUACUAAAAAGAAUGAACAUCAUCAGUUGAUGAAUGUGAACAAUGACGUGAGUCCUUCAAGCCUAAACAGCUCACCAAAGUCGAGAAACUUGUUACGAAAGAAAGAUGGACGAUGCUUGGCGGUUUUGAGCAGCGGCAAGUGUUUACAGAUAUUUAAAAACAGCCCCAAAGUAUCAUGUAGUCACGAGUUCUCUACUUCUUCUCCAAGUCAUUUCUUGAGGAAACCAGGAGCAGACUCUAAUGCUGCUGAUCAGUCUAGGAAGGUAAUCUCUUUACCUAGCAACAACACCUUCUCGUCUCCAUCUAGAGACGUUUCUCAAGGAACCCUUCAGUUCACUAUGAGAGCCAAUGGAAUGCCUCGUUUUGUUUUCAAAUUGGACAAUCAAAAAGAUGUUUAUGUAGCAAGCUUAAGCAGCAAGGAUGAAGACCAAAGUGGUUUAGAGUAUUCGUAUAUGAUUCAUCUGCAAAGAAGAGAAUCAUCAUCAUCAUCGCUUCUAGUUGGUAGAAUUAAGGUGUCAACCUUGUCCUCAGGUUCAUUGUUGAAUGAGAGAUUCAUAGAGAGAAAGUUUGUUUUGUUCAGCAACAAUUGUGAGCAUUCACAGACACCGUGUAAGAAGAAAAAUAGAGGAUUGUGUGAAAAAGUAGUCGGUGUGAUGAAGAACAACAAUGAGCAGAUGCAACAACCAAACUUUGAUCACGAGCAGGUGAAUCUACUGGAAAACAACCUUCCACCCAAUCUUGAAAUGUUAGCUAUUAUUGUGAAACAAGAGUUUCUUGAAGAAGAAGAAGAAGAAGAAGAAGAAGAAACCGGAGGUUGGGGAUUGAAGUUCUUGAGGAAAUCUACGUUGGUUCGAAAUGAAAGUGGAAGUUCAAGAUCUAAGACAAGUGUUGAUGUUGUGGUUCCAUCAGGGAUUCAUGGAGGGCCAUGUUCGAGUUUGAUAGAGAGGUGGAAAUCUCAAGGAAACUGUGACUGUGGAGGAUGGGACUUGGGUUGUUCCUUAACCCUUCUUAAUGGCCAACUACAAAAUAAUAAUCUCUUGGAGCUAUUCAUAGAGGGAUCAAAACAUGAUACGACUGUACUAAGGAUGGAGCAGCUUCCACGAGGACGCUACUUUGUCCAAUACCAAACAUGGCUAUCUGCUUUGCAAUCUAUCUCGGUUGCUUUAGCAUUCAUACAUAGCCACAGGGCCAUAAACUACUACGACCAAUGAAUCUAUAAUCAUCAUUAGUGUUUUAUAAUUAUUUUCAGCUUUUAGCAAAUAUUUUAAGACAAAAGUAGAAACCAUUGAUAAAUGUCUACAUAACCAAAAAACAUUUGAAUGUCGUACAUAUUGUCAGAAAAAAAAAACAUCUACCAAAAAUUCUCAAAUUUGUUUUUAAA